AUGGCUACUAGCACAGAGUUCAGCAUCUUUUCUUUUGUUGCCCUCCCCAAUUUCAACAUAGCUGUAGUCCAAAGGGAUGCCGUCCGGGAGGAUAUGAGCGAUCAAUCCUAUGUAGAGAGAGUCGAAGCCCUAAAAAAUCUGUGGGGUCAUUUGAGCACUUUCACUGCAUAUGAUGAAGUCGUGGAGUCACACGAGGAGCUGUUCUGGAUAAGUGCACGUGUAAUUUUGGAGGAUGGCUGGUGCAACAUCUCCAAUGCCCUUAGAGGACUGCUGAAAAGGACCUUGGAGCUUUCCCUUCACAGAUUCUCAAGAUAUCCAUGUGUCACUUCAGUUUGUUGUGACCUGCUACGCCUUAUAUCUUCUGAUCCUUGGGGAAACCCCACUAUUCAUGCAAUCUUUGCAAAGAAGGAGCUAUCAUUGGAGGAAUUGGGAGAAUUUUUUGAUGUGGAAGGUGUAAGGACUUUGAAGGCAAGACUAUGCUUCCUGCAGCUAUAUUCCUGUCAUGAGUAUGCCCUUCAACUUGUCAAGACGAUAAUUCGUUUCUCAUCAUCAACCAUGACACGAUUCUCUGAGAAGGAUGAGGCAUUCUUCAGACAUAUCCUCCUGUCAACACUCUUCCAGCUUCGAAGAGUUCAGGAAUUUGACAACCAGGUGAAAUCCUUGAGGGUGACAGAUGCUCUCCAUCAAGCAAAGCUGUUCCAUUCAAAGCAAAAACCACAAGCUGCCCUUGAGAUCCUUCGACAUGUCAUGCGUACAAGUCUUCACCGGCCUGAACUCUAUUUCCCUGCUUUCAGUGAAGCUUUCUUGCUGUCUGUCAAAAUAUUCAAAGACAGUGGAGUGACAUGGGAAAAAGUGAAAGGAUUGACCGAAAGUCUUCAGGAAUUGGCUCCACAUGUCUAUCUUUACAGCAUAGCAGGAGCUCUCAAAGAUGUGUAUCAGGGCGAAGCCAUUGAAACAUGGCUGAGACUUUAUGUGAUAGCUUUGGCAGCAGAUCUUCAGGUCAUGGAUCACAUGAGAUUACACUGCAAAGAGGAUGAGAUUGAGAAAUUUGAGAAGACUAUAUCAGAGCGCCUCAUGGUCUUUGCAGAGGCUGUCUCAGAUGACAAGCCACUGUGCAGAGAAAUUCUUUUGAGUGGAUUCUCACUUCAUCCAAAUGAAGAGGCUCUGCAGUGGAUGCAGAGGAUAGCAGAUCCAAUGGACAUGGUUCCUUCCCUUUGCUGUCUGUCCUAUCGUGUUUGCCGCACACUGAAGGACUUCCCAGAAAAGGAUAUUUUCCCUGAUGGCCUCUCCCAGGCAGUAAGCAAUUACCUUGGUCCUGAAAAUGAUGUCCGGAGUUGGGCAUUUCAACAUAUGGUUCCAGGAGUAGACCGCAGUCUGAUGUUGGCUGCUGAAUCUUAUGCAUCUAAGAAGAUGAUCAGUGAUGACUUAUGGAAAGACAUGGCCCUUGUGAUCCUGCACCCGAGAUGGAAAGUUCUCAACUGGGAUCUUGGAUGGUAUAGACUUCGCCAACUUUGUCGGGCCUAUAUGCUUGAUCGCCAAAUUUCACAGCCAAAAGUGAACCUGGACUUUGUUCAUCCAGGGCAUGCUCAUCUCGCCUCGUCAAGUGACUCUGAAUCAGAUUCAUGUGGUAAGGUGGAGAAUGGGUUCAAAAGUGAAGCUGCUGUGCCAAUAAAGGAAAUGAAAUGGAAGCUACGACCAAAUCGUCCCAUUGGAUCCUUGGCAGAGUCAGACUCGGAUGAUGAUUCACUCUUAUGCUCAAGUCGAAAGGCAUUGAAAGGAAAAAAGGGUAUGUUGAAGAAAGGUCAUUUGCAGAUAUCAGAGAAUGACUCUGGGGAUGAACACAAGAUUGGAGCGCAAUCAAAGAGGAAAUUUCCCAAUUUCAGAGCACGCCUAAUGUAUGCUCUGUCCAAGGGAUUCUUGAACCCAAUUUCACAGCAGGAGGUGACUGUAGCCACGGCCCUGGCAGCUUCUGGAGAAAUGCUGCAUAAUACGUCAAAUGAAUCACAGGAUCCAUCAUCGGUUCAUCCCAAUUCUGGUCCAGUAGAUUCUGACAGUCAAGUGAGCUCUACAACAGAGGAAACAAGCCAGAACCAUGGAAACUCUAUAGAACUGAUUCAUGAGAGUAGAGAUGAUAUUGGAGAGAGUGCAUCAGAAGGCCUGGCUUUGAAACUUACAGGUGUGGCUCCAGACUAUAACGACACAGGGAAGUCAGCUUCUACUGCCAGUGGUGCCAAGUUGAGAAUUCUCCUUGAGCAGGGGACAGGGAAUGGUCCAUCUUCUGAUCCUUGCCUGCCAAAGAGGGAGAAAGCGGAGUUUGAGGGAAAGGCAGGAAAUCAGUACUAUCUUGAUUGUGCUAGUUCUGCAUUGUCAUUGUCACCUUCUUCUUCAGAUGUAAAGAAGGACUCUAAUGAAUCUGUCAUGUCAUCUGUGAGAUGUAAUGAAAGGGUAACUGUUUCAAAGAGAGAUGAGAUCCCUUCAGUUAAGCCAGAUGGAUUUUUUCAAGGAAAUGCUGACACAAACAUAUUCCUUGACAAGGACAAAAAGACAGAACCAUGCACAGAGCAAGCUGUGAAAGUUCCCACUUUUGAUGUUACCCAGUCUUCAGUGGUGAUGUCUGUUGGACAGAAGCCCAGUGCUUCUAGUUUCCCUGAUGCAAACAUGGCACAUCCCUCCCAACAGCUUCCAACAGAACAGACUCUUGCUGACCAAAUUCGUGAAUUUGAAGUGGUGUUCAAUACAGUUUGUUCCUCUAAGGAGGCUGAAGAUCAACAGCGAAAGAACAAUGGAGCAUCCCUCUUGAUGUCUGAUGUGCAGUCUUUAGCUGUGGCAGAAACCAAGCAAGCAAGCGUGCCUCUAAAGAAACCACCUGUUGGUAUCAUUCGCAAAGCACCUCCUAAUGCAACAGCUCUCCCAAUCCAUUUACCAGAGGACUUUGACUUUCGUAACCUGCCUGAUACAUGCAUUGUGACAUUGAAUGUUACAAAUACUGGUUCCAAUGGAGAAGUGACUCAGUCGAUAAAAAUUCAAGGGGGCCAUUUAAAGGAACUGAUAAAGAAGAAUAAUCCUGGGGUAACAAAUGAUACGCACAAGGGUCCUCUCACCAUCAUCUCAGUUCUUCCUGUGUCAACAGGAACUUCUAGGACUGCUGUUCAUUCUGGUACUUUACGUUCUGGAGCUGCUCAAACAGUCCCAGCUGGAAGCACUGCUACCACCCCUCCCUCUCCGUCUUCAGGAACCAUGAAGAAGAUGACCAAAAGUGUGGGCAAAACACCAGUUGUACCAAGCACUCAGACCCGUAUCACCACCACAUCAACGACACCAACCACAACACCUUCAAAACCUGGAGCAUCAAAGCCUUCCCUGACACCAUCAAAAGAUGACCCAGAUGUGAUCUCUAAAGUGAAUCAGAUUCUUGAGCACUACAAGGCUCAGCUUAGGAUCUCACCUGAGCAGCAGUUCAAGCCAGCACCACGACGUAAUAGCUUACCAAAAGACCAAUCUCAGCCCUCACCAGGGAAAACAAAGAAGAAAGCAAGUGUAAUUGGGAAAGUGGGUGGCACUGGUAUGCCAUCCAUGUUCCAUCCACUCAGCCCUGCUGGGUUGUCAGGAGGGAGUGAGCAAGAACGUGCUUCAUCUGCUACAAGUGAUUCAAGCAUCAGCACUGAUGGAGUCCUCCCCACCUCUCCCCCUGAGCCAGGCCAACUGUUGAUGGAAAGCCAGGAGAUGAAGCCUGUGAUGCCAGUAACAAGUACAUCAGUGUCUAUGGGCACUCGAGGUGCUGUUCGCCCAGUUUCAGUACCAAUAUCAGGACACGGAAUGGGAACGGGACCCAAGGUAGUGACAGCAAGUGGAACUCAAAUCCACAUGCUUCCAAUUGCAGCAGGGACUUCUGCAGGUGUCCUGACAACUGGAGGAGGGAUGAAGGUGGUAUCAACUGGGAAUAGGAGUGCAUUGCCUGGCACGAGGCAGCCUGUUCCAAUUGUUUAUCCUCGGAAGAAGAGCCCCACGGCUCAGCUGACUCAUGAAGAGGUGGGAAAAGGAAUCAUUAUCCCAUUCAGUGUGAGGUAUGUCCCUCAAAGCCUCAUCCUUCAAGGCUCCCUUCCUGUCAACGCAUCUGCAUGCACAACAGUGCGAGUAAUCCGAACCAAUGCAGUUGUCCCAAAAGAUACUGAGAAGGCCAUUACUACUCCAAGUACUCUACCAUCAUUUGAAGCAUCUUUUCAACGAAAAGAAGUCCCCACUGGCAAUGUCAUAUCCUCUCCUGUCAAAAAUGACUUGCCCCCAGUCCUUCCUGUGAGCAAAAUGGUGUUGCUGUCAGAAGCUGCAUCAGAGCCCAAGCAAGAACCUAUGCAAUCAGUUCCCUCACCAUCAUUUGUCAUGACAGAAGCUCCAUCAGUUGCAACAACUUCACCUCAAGAAAUCCUGUCACCUGUGGUCAUGCCACCUAAUGAAACUGUAGGUACAGAAACAGAACCAAGUGGGAGUCCCAUUGGCCAGAGUGUGGAUGGUGUUCCAAUUGAGCAGCAAAAUGGGAGCUCAUCUUGGAAGAAGGAGGAGAUAGUGAGGAGAGAAUCAUUGAAGCGUUCCCGUCGAUCUCAGGCUGGGGAGUGGCAGAAAAAACCCUGUCUCUGUUGCCCUUCCAGCCCUUCUGCAAAGAAGUAUAAAACUGAGGAAUCUCAUUGUGAUACAAAGAAGAAAACCAGGUGAUCUCAUUCAUACCCUACUGAUCUCAAUGUUCUUCAUGUUUUCAAGUGUAGUGUGGUUUACUAAUUGUUGAAGUACUAUUGAUUGUCUCCUUUUUCUUUUUUUCUGGUUGAAUAUCUCUCAUUAGAGCACAG